CGGCGCCGAAAUUCAGCAACCUCUUCGACGGCACUGGGUGCGUGAAGCGGCAAUAUCGUAUGGUACUACGUGACGAUGCAGUUCCAGUGAUCCAGGCAGCGCGUCGUGUUCCUUUGGCCUUACGGGAACCACUGCAGAAAGAGCUGGUACGCAUGGAAAAGGCGAACAUCAUCUGCAAAGUGGACGAACCUACUGAUUGGUUUGUUCCAGGCAAAGAGUUGGUCCUUGCUGACAUGCUGUCCAGGGCCACACCGCCACAGCGUGAAGACACGGUGGAUUUCGACGACAUUCAGGUACACGCAGUUGCUGUUUUGUCAUCCUUAGUGAGCGAAAGAACCAAACAGCUCUUGUCUCGGGAAACAUCUAAUGACCCUGAGCUACGUGCGGUAGUAGAAAGCCUGGCUUCAAACAAAGACGUCGAAGGAACACUCAAGCCAUUCACCUCGGAACUUUCACUGGUUGACGGAAUUCUUCUG